AUGGAACGGAUUGAUCGUACGCGUUUCGUGAUUGAUCCUGUAUGGAAACUUGUGAAACGUGAGGGCUAUGAAAAAAUAUGGAAGAUCUUCUUGGAUGACUGUGAAAGGUGUGGCUUUAUUGGAUUCGACAUGGAGUGGUCCAGUAUAAAUUAUAAACCUGUUUCUGGAAAUCAAGCACAGAAUAAAAAGAAACCAGUUGAAGGUCAAGUAGCUACACUGCAGCUAAGUUCCCUACGAGUAACUUUUGUUGUGAAGUUCAUCGAUCUAUUCUACCUUGCUACUAAAGGUAAAUGUUAUAACCCUUUUGGUCGCUUUUCCAAAAAAUGGCCUCAAUAUCGUAUUGGUGAAAAAAAGAAUUCAAGCUAUUUGAUAAAUAAGAUAUACCAAGACAUUGUGUCACUUCUUCAAAGUGAUGCUGUUGUCAAGGUAGGAGUAGGAAUUCGUGGUGACCAAGUCAAGCUUCAGAGAGACUAUGAAAACUUAAUUCUAAAUCCGUGUGUCGAUUUGGUCACAUUGGCUCAGAAUUAUCCUGCAAAGAAGUUGGAUGACACCUCUUCUUGUCCUCAUGAAAAUUCAAAAAGUUCAAAUAUGGGGAAAAGCCUAAAAGCAAUGAGUGUUAACUUUACUGGUAAGAUACUAAAUAAAGAUUAUUUUGUAAUUCUGAGUAACUGGGGUGGAGCUCUAGGAUCUCUUUCAAAGAUGCAGAUAAACUAUGCCGCAGAAGAUGCAGAGGCUUCAUUUGACAUCUGUCAGAGUAUAUUUGUACAAGCUGGACUUGUCGCGAAUAUUUCAUCACCUUCAUCGAUUUCAGGUACCUCGUGUCUUUCCCUAUUGGAGCCCCUCAUCCUUAAGAUUGAAAAAAAUGCUCCCAAACACACUGAAAAGCAGAAACCACCUUUCUAUAAUACUUCUGUGCCUCCAGAAAGUUUUAAUAAUUUGCUCUCAAGUAACCUAAGUACGAUAAUGAAUGAUGUCACGGCUGCUCAAGGAAAAACUACAAAAAUGAUGACAUCUUCAGUGCAUACGUAAAUUUCACCCUUACGGAAAAUAACUCAAGGGGAGAGUAUUACGUUUUUUUUUUAUAUGUUGAGGUAAUACAAUAGAGCACUUAACAGGUGUUAAAUACUAAAGAUUGAAAGUAAGUAUGAUUCGGGUUACUACUUUACUAGAUUCUAUAACGUAGAACGAUCCACAUAUCAGAUGUAGCUUAAAAGAUAUUAGGCAGUCAAAAAGAUGGAUGUGCUGUAUGUGGACAAACUCUCUAGGUGGUUAUCUAUGCCAUUGCGCUGCUCACGUUUUGUAAGUGCUUUCCGAGUGCCUUUAUAGUAAGCAAUUCUUAGGAUUUUCUUUUGAUCUUCAAAUCUCUCUUUGUUUGGAUGCACACCAUCUACAUACAAAUGUGUAACCACAUGGAGGAAUAUUGUGAACUUUUUAUAUUAUAUUUAUCAUAGCCAAAAAUGAAGUCUUUUGAACCCUUAAUUGUUAUUUAAAAAUGAGAAUGUCUGUAAACAAGUUAGCAGCUACAGGGGGCAGGGUUGGAAUCAGAGAGAGACUAAUUGAGUCAAUUAUGUACUCCAUCACUGAUUAUUGAUUCGGAAAAUCAUAGUUGAUACACAGAAUAUUCAUAUGAAAAUAAACUAUUAAACCAUUUUUUAGAUUAUAGCAUACUAAUGCUUCGAAAAGCUAUUACUGAAGUCAUCGGUAGUCUAGUGGAUAUCUUCUUUGUAGCGCCACUCAACCUAAGACUUUGAAGAAAAUAUUGCAGUGAAUUAAGUUGACUUGUUUAGAAUCCUAUGUAAAAGGUUAUUUCUUUCGCUGUCUCUUCUUUGACUUCAUAAUGUUCUCUGCAGUAUAUUACUCACACAUAUUUUCAAAUAUAUGGAAAAGAUUUAGUACAAAGAUUGAAACACAUUUUGGGAUAAGACGUUACUAGACAGUUUUCGAGUUGUUCUAAUCCAGUUUUAAGUUGCAAUGAAUCUUGAAGCUAUGGAUAUGCCCCCAAAGAUGAUACUUACGGAGGAAACGUCAGGAGGGAGAAAAAGAGAAUCUAGAAAAUGGUGUGCAGCUUUUAGAUAAUUAUACCCUUUUUAUAGCUUGGUUUCUAAUGAAAAAGUAUCUGACUCACUCCGCCACUACCCCUACUUGUUACAACAGCAAUGGAUAACUUAGAAUCCUGUGAAGAGAUCGAUGAAAGACAUCACAUUACAGUGUACAAAGGACUUUCAAGUUUACGGGCGCUUUCACACGACUUACCCACCACUAUUUCACUUAUAAUCGAUGCUCAAGUCUUGAGCAAUAUUGUGGGCAGCGAACCCAACUAUCCCCUGCGUAGAUGUUUCCAUUGAAUAAAACUAACAGUUAAUUGUGGAAGCCAUGGUGUAUUUCAGUUUCCCAACCCUACAGAGCUAUGAGGCCAGGGGGUGAAUCUAGCCUGGCGUCUUGGGACCCCGUGGAUCUUCAUCGAUUUACCAAGACGGUGGGAAUGUGCCUUGUCGAAGACGAAAUACGUGCUUGAAUUAGAAAAAAAAGGCAAAUCUGACGGAGGAAGAUGGUGGAAUCGACCUUCCUGAGGACUCCACAAAUAUGUGAAUUUGAACAUACUGCAGGAAGCGAGUCGUGCAGCCAAGCCAUUACUAGGCAUUUCAAGGCCUUAUGGGUUGGGGGCGUGGCCUACAGUUGUCGUUUGAUAACUUUCCAGGUGAAGUUAUGCAAUAUGUGAGUGAGAACCAAGCGCUGCUAAACUGGUGGUUUUCGUCUUUCGACAUCUGACAUAACAGUUUGAUAAAACUGUUUGGAAAAAAAAGGGUGAGAUCGAUGUCCAAUUCGUAGUCUUCAAUUGGUCCUUUGCUAUCACCUUUUCCCUCAUCCUUGUUUGUAGUCUGUGUUUUCAAUGGAAUAGAAACAUAGAUGCUUUGUUGAGAAUCGUUGUCGUUGUUUA